AUGACCAAGGUCUACCUGGAUGCUGAGCUGAUGCGAACGUACUACGGGAAGGAAUCGCCACCCCCCGGCGCAUACAAUGUGCCCGGUGCCGUCGGCAAGCAGUGUGUGUCGACCAAGGCGAGUGCCCCCGGCAUCAAGAUCGGCACCGGCCUGAGGGACCUGGACAACAAGCUGAGGAGCGCCAAGGGCCAGCCGGGCCCCGGGCAGUACCAGACGCCGUCUGGUGUGGGGCCCCAGGCGCUGAGCUCCAAGAAGACGCUGCCGGCGGUCAGCUUUGGCACGGGCACGCGCGACGCGCUCGUGAACAAGGCCUACAUAUCCAAGGAGCACGGCAAGGCCACCCACGGCGCCGGCACCCCCGGCCCCACCACCGCAUCCCCCUACGACGGCACCGGCCGGCAGCUGCUGUCCACACGCCAGAGCAGCCCCGGCUGGGGCUUCGGCACCGGGCGGCGGCUCAAGGACUACAUGAACGACAGCCCCGGGGUGGGCAGCUACUACGCGUGA